GGCCGCACGGCGUCGCGCACGGCUGGGCGGGGCGGACCGCGCUUCCUCUGAGGCGGCGGCUGGGACGCCGCGGCUGGGCCCAAGAUGGACCUUCCGAAGCUGCUCGCAGCCCCGACCGCGCGCGGAGCCCAACAUGGCGGCGGCGGCCCCGGCCGACUCCGUCGAGGCCCGGGGCCACCGCCUAGCCCGGGCCCCGCGCGCCGCCGCCUGUUACUGCUGCGGGGCCCCGAAGAUGGCGGGCCGGGGCCGCUGCGCGGGGAGGCCCGGGCGGCGUCGGCGGCCCCGGGGCCGAGCCCCCCGCCCCCCGAAGACGGUGGCGACUCUUUCGUGGUACUGCUGGAAGUGGCGCGCGGCGCCGCGGCCGAGGUCCCCGGGCGGCGGGAGGUCGGGCCCGGCGCUGGCGCGAGCCCAGUCCCUUGCCCCCAGCAGGGCCCCAGCGGCGCAGCCGCCGCCCCCGGGUCCGGCGCGGCCCUGGCGGGCACCGUCACCAUCAACAGCCAGGACCUGCUGGUGCGCUUCGAUCACGGCGUCUUCACGCUGGCCGCCGCGCCGCCGCAGCCCGGCCAGCCUCCCCGGGGCCCGCCCGCGCCGCCGGGCGAGGAGGCCGCGAGCCCGGCCGGGGGCCGCCGCGGCCCCCAGGGCCCCGGCUCUGGUGCCCCGGGCUACCGCUGUCCCGAGCCGCAGUGCGCGCUCUCCUUCGCCAAGAAGCACCAGCUCAAGGUGCACCUGCUGACGCACGGUAGCAGCCAGGGCCGGCGGCCCUUCAAGUGCCCCCUGGACGGCUGCGGCUGGGCCUUCACUACCUCCUACAAGCUCAAGCGGCACCUGCAGUCGCACGACAAGCUGCGGCCCUUCGGCUGCCCGGUGGGCGGCUGCGGGAAGAAGUUUACCACCGUGUACAACCUCAAGGCGCACAUGAAGGGCCACGAGCAGGAGAACUUGUUCAAGUGCGAGGUGUGCUCCGAACGCUUUCCCACGCACGCCAAACUCAGCUCCCACCAGCGCACCCACUUCGAGCCCGAGCGGCCCUACAAGUGUGACUUUCCCGGCUGCGAGAAGACAUUCAUCACAGUGAGUGCUCUGUUUUCCCAUAACCGAGCUCACUUCAGGGAACAAGAACUCUUUUCUUGCUCCUUUCCUGGGUGUAGCAAACAAUAUGACAAAGCCUGUCGCCUGAAAAUUCACCUGAGAAGUCAUACAGGUGAAAGACCUUUUAUUUGUGACUCUGACAGUUGUGGCUGGACCUUCACCAGCAUGUCUAAACUCCUACGACACAAAAGGAAACAUGAUGACGACCGGAGGUUUACCUGCCCUGUUGAAGGCUGUGGGAAGUCAUUCACGAGAGCAGAGCACCUGAAAGGCCAUAGCAUCACCCACCUGGGCACAAAGCCAUUCGAGUGUCCCGUGGAAGGGUGCUGUGCCAGGUUCUCUGCCCGUAGCAGCCUCUACAUUCACUCCAAGAAACACCUGCAGGACGUGGGUGCUCCGAAAAGCCGUUGCCCGGUGUCCAGCUGUAACAGACUCUUCACCUCCAAGCACAGCAUGAAGGCGCAUGUGGUCCGACAGCAUAGCCGGCGCCCAGAUCUCUUCCCUCAGCUUGGAGCUCCGAGUUCUCUUACGCACAGCAGUGAGCUUGGCAGCCCAGGCCAAAGUGAGCUCAACAACAUAGACCUGGCAGCGCUCUUCUCUGAUGCACCCGGUGAUGGUGGUAGUGCGGCGGGGGCCUCAGAUGAGGCGCUGAACUCUGGAAUCCUGACUAUUGAUGUUACUUCUGUGAGUGCUUCACUCGGAGGGAACCUUCCUGCUAAUAAUAGUUCCUUGGGGCCCAUGGACCCGCUGGUGUUGGUGGCCCACAGUGACAUCCCUCCAAGCCUGGAUAGCCCUCUUGUUCUUGGCACUGCAGCCACAGUUCUUCAGCAGAGCAGCUUCAGUGUGGACGACGUGCCGACUGUAAGCGCAGGAGCAUUAGGCUGUCUGGUAGCUCUGCCUGUCAAGAACUUGAGUCCGGAUCCACAGGCUUUGACCUCGGGUGGUCAUUUAGCAGACAACACCACCACACUGACCUCUCCGAGCCCCCCACCUGGAAACACCGGUGGCCCGGAAUUGCUGGCUCCAAUCAAAGUGGAACCAGACUCGCCUCCUGGCCCCGACACCGUGAGGCAGCAAGACCGGAGCCGAGGGGUGCCCAGGUCGGUGUUCUGCAGCCCUGCGGAAAAGCACAGUCCUCAGAAAGACACGGGGCUCAGUGCGGGGACCGGCAACUUUUAUUUGCUGUGUGACGUUGGGCUGCCUCGAUUCUCUGAGCACAGAUGGUGUGUGGUGAAUGGGUUACAGGAAAGUGGGGGCUCAGCAAGAACUGAUUCCCGAGCCAUUCAACUAGCCAAGAAAAAAAAGCAGAAAGGAACUGGGAGCAACGCAGGUCCACCACCCAGGGAAAACCACUUCCAGCGUUUUGAUGUUAAACAUUUUCCCAUGUGUAUAAACUACACCUGUUACUUAUUUUGAAGAAAUGAUAACACAUAUAUUUUUAUCUGCUUUUUGCUAUUAAACAUGAAUAUUUUUUCUUGUGAAUAAAUAUGAUUGUGGUUUAUCCUUUAAUAGCCGUGUAGGACUGAACACAUCAGGAACUAUAAAAGCAUUAAGCCCCAGUGUCCUCCACCAUCCAGGAUAUGUAACGGGUCCAGCCUCCCAUCCUGAGGAGAGUUGGGGAAUAGUAACUCGGAUAGUUCACUGUGUUCUGUGGUUCAGUGAGGAUCCCCAGCAGAGAAAGCCUGCAUGAGCCCAAAGUUAUCAGGUCCCCCGACCCCCGAUGCACCUGCUGGGGGGGAAGUGACACAUUGGAGUCAGUGGUAUGCAGGAUUGAGAGCUGACCGUAUUCAGCGCAGAGCCCUCCCGGGGCGGGGAUGCCACGUGCUUGGGUUGCCACUGGGUUCUGUGGCUGUCAGCAUAGGGGCAUCUUCAGAUGGUGUGCGGGCAGAGCUCUUUGCCUGAGCCAGGCUGUGUGCUGCUGGCCCCACCUGUGGGGGUACGCUGUGAGGUGAGGUCACGCUGCAGCACGGUUCACAGAUGAAUCGGUGGGGACUCAGGGUGCGCAGUGGCGUACUCCAGCUCACUUGGCUAUUCCAUGCCCAAAUGUCUUUUAGGUCUCCUUCACGGAAGCUGACUUGCUGGCUGGCUUUACGCUUCUUUCCUCUCCCUGCUCUUUCAGGUUAUCUAGGAACAAUCCAGUGUUUCAGGUAAAUGUUGAGAUUACUGAAGCAAAAUUAAGUCACUGUGAAGAUGACUUGCCCUCUUAAGGUUUUCUGGAUCUCCACUGUGAGAAAGAAAUUUUUUAUGUUUCUUGACAUUGGUCUAUGAGUUAAGUUGGUCACAUACAUGUAGUGCCAUGGCAUCUUUUACUAGUGAGGACAGCUGCGUGGCCAUCAUGGGGUCGUGUGUAGAGACCGUGUGUUGGCUUUAAGCCUUCCAGCAUCCGUGGCUUAGUGGGCUUGAUAGCUGACUCAGGAAGGGUGUGAUUUUCAGCCAUUGUACCGGUGAUGGCACACUAGCAGAAGGCCCAGUGUACUGUCUGGGAUCAUGUGACCCAGCAGCCUGCCCCGAGGGCACCGGCAGGUCAAGGUGUUUUUUCCCCUGAGCGGGGAGUCUGGAGGCCAGGGGCAGGGCGCUCAGUGCAUCAGCUCAGGUUCCCCUCUCCUGGCCCUGCCUUCUUCCCUCGGAGCUUUCUCAGGGUACUGAUGCACAGUGUUCAGCCUGGCCUCCAGGACCUUGGGCGGACGAGAAGACUUUGAAGGGGAGGCGAGCAUGGUCUUCCAUGAAAGGAAUCCGCCUUCCCAUUGUCAUCUUCCAUUUGUAAUCUUGGAGACCGUGCAUUUGGGUCCGGGACUUCUGCAGGCUCUCCUGUCCGCCUUCCCUUCACGACAGUGAGUCCUUCCCCACCACCAAGCUCCCUGUGGCGCAGCACCCUGGGGCGUGUAUAAAAGUAGUCUUCCAGAGCCCCAGACCCAGGACACUUCAGAGUGCUGGCUUCAGGGAGGCGCCUUGUAUGGAUUCAUUCAUACAGGCAUCAAGACCACCUUGGGACUCUGCGGCCAGCUUGGCCUUCCUCCUGUACCAGUUUUCCUAGGAGGGCGUGUUGAGAUGUUCUGAAAUGAGAUACAGUAUAGGGGGGUCUGGGGGUGUCAGCCCUCACCUUUCCCACCCUUCUGCUCUUGCCCUAGCAGGAACUGCUUUUAUUUAUUUAUUUUUAAAGAUUUUAUUUAUUUAUUUGAUAGAGACACAAGACAGAGAGGGAACACAAGCAGGGGGAGUGGGAGAGGGAGAAGCAGGCUUCCCGCCCAGCAGGGAGCCCAAUGCGGGGCUCAAUCCCAGGACCCCGGGAUCAUGACCUGAGCCGAAGGCAGGCGCUCAACGACUGAGCCACCCAGGCGCCCCAGCAGGAACUGCUUUUAAGGAGAGUCCCACGAGAGCAGCAGUAUUCAUGUAUGUAAGCCUGAGCAGUUCCUUUUAGCGAUGAACAUUUCACCCCAGGAAGAGUUGUUAACCGGAGAAGGUGCUAGAGCACUUGCGGUUAUGGGGUAGUGAUUCUUCUCAGUGUAACUGUGGCAUCUGCAGGACUGCCAGAUUGUCAGGUGCCGGAUGAAGGGACAGGUUGAAAAGAGAAUGUGAUGCAGUGUGUGUGCUCAUACAGUAAUUAGAACCAGUUUAGCUUAUGAUGUGUUACCAAGUAUUCUAACUUCUACCAAGUCCGUCUUACUUCCUGCCUCGUACAUCCUUUUAACAAAAAUAAAUUAUAUUCUGGUUACUGACUACUUUUUCAGCAGUGUAUACUAUUUUUUAUGGAAACCUAUAAUGCUGCUCUCUGGCAAAAUUAAGUGGGUUCUAUUUCUGAUUUUGAUCACAUGAUUUGUACUUAAUUUCCCCGUCGUUUAUAGCAUACGUGCUAGCACACAUGUAGUGAAGGGGCACAAGGCUUUGACCAUUCUUGCUUCAUGGGUAACAGAGAGUAUGAUCUACACGGCUUUCAUUGAAUCAUUAUGAAAUAAAUGAGAAAUGGCUCAGAAUGAUCAUUUUUAUCUUACAAAGCUAGAUAAUAAGCAUUAGAUAUACAUAUUUAAAUCCUGCUUUUAUAAAAGUAGCUUAAAAAGAUACAUUACUUGAUGCUUUCCUUAGUUGAUCUCAUAGUGGUUUCCAUAAUAUACCUUGAACCAUGUUUCAGUAUGUUCAUUUGAACUGAAAAAUGAAAUUGGACCUUUCGUGGGGAAGAAGCGCCGUCCUAACAUACAGACUGCCCAUGCUGUGUGGGCUCUGUGGCACGGUUCCCCCUAAGCUGCAGCUCAAAGUGCUGUAGUUGUGAUGAAAUGACAUUUAAAGCACACGAGCAUUUGCUUGUGCUCUCUCUGACAAAUGAAUGAAUAAAAUCUUAAAAAAAAAAUCCUCAAAAAAAAAAAUAAAUUAUUUUUUUAAUUGGCAAAAAGGUAUGAGCUCCAUGUCUGAGUCUAGCAAUGAGUAGUACUGACCCACAGCCCCACGAGCCUCCUGGAAAACAGGCAGUCCCACUGUUCUCCAUGCAUUCUCCGUACAGUGUUGCUUUUGAUAUUUCAUUAUUAUCAAAGUUUCUAAUAGGUUUUGUUAUUCUGGUUGGGUUUGCAUUACUAAUAAUUGCAACAGUAACUUGAUUUUUCACAUGAAGAUUUCAACCCCUAGAAAAGAUAUUUUUUAAAACUAGAAUUUUAAUUUAUGUACAUGUUUUUAUCACAGGGAAAUAUGUAGGGUAAUAAAAGACUUCAAAGCAUAACAACACAUUCAGGUAAAGAGCCAGAGUUGAGCGGAGUAGCGUGCAUGUUCAGGGAGAAUAGCAAGUGACGUGGAGUUUCUUACUGUUAAAGAAGAGUGAGCGGAUCCCGGACCCUAGCCCCUCACCUUGCUUGCUCA